AUGGAUUUCUACAAUUGUGAAGAUAUUAGAAUAGCAAAAAAAAUACUUACCAGCGAUCUAGAAGCGUUAAAUCUAGAAAAAGAUGAUAAAAUAAAGCCAAACAGUUCUGGAAACUCUAAAAAGGACAAGGUUAGUGAUUUAAUACUAACAAUAAAAACAAUUCUGAGCAACAAAAUUGAAAGCAAAUUGCCUCAGUAUGCUGCUCUCAACCUUUUUAAAAUUCCAAGCUCAAAAAAAGCUAAAUUUGAGUCAAUUCUUGACGAAAAGUUAAAAAAAUUAGAAGAACUAUUUAUUGAAGAAAGAAACAUCUUCCGAGAAAUAGUAAAUGAUGCGGCUAUUAACAAUAGCCCAAAAGUAGAAAGAAAGCAGCAAUCCGAUUGCAAGACCGAAUCGAGCAAGCAAUCUGACUG